AUGGCAAGUCAGGAGGAACAGCUGGCGUCCUUCCAGCGGUGUCUGCAGGGCGCGCGGAAGAUUUUGUGCAUAGUGGGCGCGGGUCUUUCGGCCAGCUCCGGGCUGACGACGUUCCAGGCGGCGCACGGGGAAUGGCGGGGCCAUAGCGCACUAGAGCUCGCGACUCCGGAGGCGUUCCAGGAAAAUCCAGAGCUUGUUUGGGUGUUCUACUCUGCACGCCGGUACACGGCGAUGAAGGCGCGCCCCAACAACGGGCAUUUUGCGCUGGCAGAGCUGUGCCGACGGGUCGCGGCGGAUGAGCGGCGGGAGAUCCUGCUGGUGACGCAGAAUGUGGACGGGCUGCACUGGCGCGCGGGGCAGCCGGAGGCGUCGACAGUGGAGUUGCAUGGUAGCGUGUUCGACUACCGCUGCACGGAAUUUCUGUGCAGCUACCGGGGACGGAAUGUGCGGGACCACUUCCUGACCGCGGGGCUUCGGGCGCACACGCCGCGCGAGCUACCGCGGCCGGCGGCGGCCGAGGAACCCGAGAAUAAACGCGCGAAACACGCGUGCGAGGGCACGCCGGAGACCCUGCGGUCGCGGCUGGACAUGCUACGGGGCGACCUGCCGCGCUGCCCGCGCUGCCGCGUGGGGCUGCUGCGGCCGGGCGUGGUGUGGUGCGGUGAGUCGCUAUCACUGGUGCAGAUGGACCGCGUGGACGCCUUUCUGUCCGCCAAGCAGAAGGUGGAUCUGGUGCUGGUGAUCGGCACGAGCGGCCGGCUGUGGCCGGCGAUGGGCUACGUUGAGCGCGCGCAGCUGUGCGGCAGCCGCAUUGCAUUUUUUAAUACGGACAUUGAGGACGCUGCCGGCGUCGCGAAGAACAAGAGAAUGUGGGCGUUCCAAGGCAAUGCGGCAGAGCUGCUGCCGCAAGCGCUGGAGCCGGUAAUUGGCAGACAUUAUAAGCCUAGGGGCUGGUCUUAG